CCCCGAACCCGCCCCAACUCUCGACCCCAUCGUCCCACAAAGCCCCGCACAGGAAGAAAAAGUCGAAUCCUUCGUCGAGAAGCGCGAAGCCGAGACAGCGGCGGACGAGGCAAAGGUCGAGGAAGCCGAGCCCAAAGGUGAACCCAGCGUCGUCCAACUCUCCGAAAUGGCCGAGGAGAAAAUCGAGGAAAGCACCACCGUGCCGGAGGAAGUCAAGGAAGCCACCAAGGAGCCGACACCACAGGAGGUUACUCCGGUGAUUGGUGAGGCUACGAUCCCACCUGCUGCUGCUGAGGAGGUGGCGAAGGAAGCUACACCACCACCUGCACCACCGGUUAAGGAGGCUUCCCCACCUCCGGCUCCUGCUCCUGCGCCAGUGACGGAAGUUGCGCCGGCUGUGGAGGCGGAGCAGACUGCUAGGGAAGCAACUCCAACUCCACCCACCGCCCCAGCCUCCGUCGAACCAGCACCAGCUCCAACCACGCCAGCAGCUGAACCACUCGAAGCACCAACUGAGGUACCAGCGCCCGUCAUCCCUGAAACUUCCGCCCCACCCGCAUCCGAAGCUCCCGUUGUGCCUCAAGAGACACCAUCCGUCCCAGCGCCGACGGUGGUUGCUUCAUCCUCGCCAAAGCCGGAAAUCACGGAGCCCGCCCCAGUUGCGGCCCCGGUGGUGCCUGAGAUCGUACCGGAGGUUAAACCUGCUGAGGAGAAGGGGGAGGAAAAGGUAGACCUGGGAGGAGAGGGUGGGGAGCCGAUGGAAAUGUAGGGCGUUGAUGGGCGUCUUGAGUUUGGGGAGUGGUGGUUCGGUUAGGGGGUGUGGGAAAGGGGAAGGGGGCGGGUGUGGAUAUUUAUGGAUAUGGUAGUGUUAUCGUGAGGGUGAGAGGAGGAGAAGAGGAUAUGGGAGGGGGUUGAUAUUGAUUAGUGAUGGGGAUGGGGGAUGGAUAAAAGCACGGUAUUCUUAUGGAUCGUGUCGUACUGGUGGCGGAUAGUAUUUGUUAUUGUUAUUGGUUUAGGUCUUUCGUUUCUUGUUUCGGAUCGUCGCUGUUAUGGGAAUAGGAAUUUAAGGUUAUUUCUACUCGUG